AUGUUUCGAGCCUGCCGGGUGUCCAUAAUACCCCGCCACCGCUGGGCUGCGCGAUCUUUCGCCACCGCCACCACGCCCCAGACUGUCAUCGAGAAAAUCGUGCAAAAGUACGCUGUUGGGCUAUCCGAGGGGUCCAAGGUACGCGCUGGUGACUAUGUCAUGAUCAAGCCAGAGCAUGUCAUGACCCAUGACAACACUGGCCCCGUUAUCAGCAAGUUCUUGUCGCUCAAGUGCUCCAAGCUGGACAACCCGCGCCAGCCGGUGUACACCCUGGAUCACGAUGUCCAGAACCAAUCGGAUGUCAACCAAAACAAGUACAAGAAGAUUGAAGCGUUUGCCAAGGAGCACGGUGUCGACUUUUACCCUGCUGGAAGAGGUAUUGGGCACCAGAUUGUGGUGGAAGAAGGCUAUGCUUGGCCGGGAAAGAUGGUGGUCGCGAGUGACAGUCACUCAAAUCACUAUGGUGGUGUAGGGUGUCUUGGUACUGCUAUCGUACGAACAGAUGCUGCUGGUAUUUGGGCCACGGGCAAGUUCUGGUGGCAGAUCCCACGUAUCGUCCAGGUCUCUCUCGACGGCAAGCUCUCCCCCGGUGUCACCGGUAAGGACGUCAUUGUCGCUCUCGCCGGUCUCUUCAACAAGGACGAGGUCCUCAACGCUGCUAUUGAGUUCACUGGUUCCGGUGUCGAACACUUGUCUAUUGACGAGCGUCUCACUAUCGCCAACAUGACCACCGAAUGGGGAGCUGUGUCUGGUGUCUUCCCCGUAGACGGCAAGCUUGAAGAGUGGUACAAGUCCAACAUCCGCAAGGCCGAGCUCCGCAAGUUUAUCCAACCCACUGUCCCUUCCGCUCUCGAGUCUGAAGGACACCCCCGGUUGAACUCUACGCGACUCGCCGACGCUAUUGAAAACCGAGCCGUCGCUGAUGAAGGUGCGCAAUACGCCGCUCGUCUCUCGCUCGAUCUUUCUACCCUUGUCCCCCACGUCUCUGGCCCCAACUCUGUCAAGGUCGCUACCGCCCUCCCCAAGCUCCUCGAUCCGCCUAUCCCCAUCCACAAGGCCUACCUUGUAUCGUGUACCAACUCUCGAGCUUCCGACCUUGCCGCUGCUGCCGCUGUGCUGAGAGGCAAAAAGGUCGCGCCCGGGGUCGAAUUCUACAUUGCGGCUGCUUCCAGCCGAGUGCAAGAAGAUGCCGAAGAGGCCGGAGACUGGCAAGUGCUUGUGGAUGCUGGUGCCAAGACUCUGCCAGCGGGGUGUGGUCCUUGUAUCGGUCUCGGUGUUGGUCUGUUAGAAAAGGGUCAGGUCGGUAUUUCUGCCACGAACCGUAACUACAAGGGUCGAAUGGGUUCUCCCGAGGCUAUUGCCUACCUCGCUUCCCCUGCUGUCGUCGCGGCGUCAGCGGCGAAGGGUGUGAUCUGUGGACCCGACUCGAUGGACUUGGCCAAGCUGCCUCAGUAUGAGCAGCCCAAGUUUUCCAUUCUCGAGUCUGGGGAGGAGAGUGCCGAGGAGAAGCCGGUGGUGGUGGAUGAGGCGUCUUUGGAGCCGCUGCUGGAAGGAUUCCCGGCGUACUUUGAAGGCCCGUUGAUGUUUGCGCCUCAAGACAACUUGACAACGGACGGAAUGUACCCUGGUAAAUAUACUUACCAGGAUGACAUUACGCCCGAGAGGCAGGCUGAGGUCGUUAUGGAAAACUACGACCCAGCAUUCGCCGCUACCGCUGCUACUCUCCGCGCUACCCUCCCCCCUCCCAUCGCCUCAUCAUCCACCAAGCCCGGCCCCAUUCUUCUGUCUGGUUACAACUUUGGUACCGGUUCUUCGCGAGAGCAAGCUGCCACGGCCAUCAAGAACGCGGGUAUCCCGCUAGUCAUCUGCGGUUCGUUUGGUGACAUUUACAAGCGUAACGCCAUCAACAACGGUCUGAUUCUGGUCGAGUCGCCAUCCUUGAUCAAGGAGUUGACUGAGCGUUUCGCGAAAGACGGGGUGAGAGGCAAGGGUACGAAGAAUGGCGAGUUGACGGAAGUGCCGGAAGGGUGGACGGUAAAGGUGGAUUCGAGAAGAGGGUUGGUGACGGUGACGAUGGGGUCGGAGGGUGAGAAGACGUAUCCUGCGGCCAAGGUGGGCAAAUCGGUGCAAGAGUUGUGGGUGAAUGGGGGUCUUGAAGGGUUUAUCAAGGCUUCAUUAUAG